UCCAGUACGCACCCCGACCGGGGAUCGAACCCACAACCUAGGUAUGUGCCCUGACCAGGAAUUAAACCCACAACCUUUGGUUAUGGGACGACCUCCAACCACUGAGGCCCCGGCCAGGGCGCCUCUGGUUUAAUGUCUUUCUCACUGGGCUCAGCUCCACAGGGCACAUGCCCCGCAUUUGACACGGCAUCUGAACUCAACAAACGAAACAAAGGCAGGCAGGCCUCGGCCAGCACAGCACCAGGGCGUCAGAAAGGCUAGCAAGGACAUGGCAAGCACCAUCCACCCUCUCUUGUUGACGGCCUGCUGGGAAUGCCUCCAGCUCCCUACAUCCUCCUCCCGGACCCUGGCCUCCCUGGCCUCCCUGCCGCCAUCACAAUGGCCGGAGCCGCUCCUGGCCGGGGCCUCUGUGACAUCAACCCUGCUCAGCCCCAGCACUCAGUCCAGGUGCGAGGGCAGACAGACCCACCAUGAGCAGCCUCCUCCCCCACCCCUGCUCACCAUGCGGACCCUGAAAUGGACCUUGUUCCUGCCCAUAUGCCUAUCUUGCGGCUACGCCUUUAUGUUUUCUUCUCUGAGGGAGAAUGUCAAAGCACCCCCCGGAAAGGUGCCUUGCGGAGGGCACUUCCGAAUUAGGCAGAACCUACCAGAGCACGCCCCAGGCUGGCUCGUCAGCAAGUGGCUCUGGUUCUUUUUUAUUGUUAUACUGUAUGUAAUUCUCAAGUUUCGAAGAGACCGUGAGAAGAGUAAGGAGAAGACCCCUCCUGGCCCUCGAGGCUCUUCGGUUCGUGCUGCACCGAAGAAGAACCAGUGUGCUAACCCCAGCAAAGACUACGCACUGCACACCUUAAGCCAGCUUGAGAUGGACCUCGUGCAGUUCAUGUCCAAGGUGCGGAAUCUGAAAGUCGCCGUGGCAACUGCCGGUGACUACAAGGCGCAGAACUUUGAGAGGCCUGCAGACCCACAUAACAAUGUUACCAUCUACGAAAUAUGGGGUGAAGAAGACUACGAAUAACUGGAUUUGUGUGUCAAAGUAGGACAGGAAAGUCGAGGGUAGACACACCAUAUGCAAACUAAUAAAACUGUUCUGAAGAAAAAUCUCAAAUCUGAGAUGUUUUCCCCUCUUUGCUUAAACCUGAAAAAAUAAAUGUGAGGCCAGUAGCCAUAGCCGUGGCCAUGAAGGUUUUGUUUUUUGGCCUUUCUUGCUUCCUCCAGGGUUGUGGUGGUGAGACGCUUGGCCAAGGGGCCAGGGCCAGAGAACAAGGUUUAGGAAAUUUGGGGUGUUAAUAUUAUUUCCAUACUUGCUGUCUUUAUAUUAGCUAUUUGUGCAAAUGAUGGAACUGAUUAUCUUAAAAUUGAUUACAUUAUAAAGAACAAUUCUAAUUAUGGGUGUAAUAAAAUGAUUGAAUUAGGUGUGUGUGUGUGUGUGUGUGUGUGUGUGUGUGUGUGUGUGUGGCGGGUGAUGGUUUCUAGAAUCACUUGAUUUUCUUACCCCCAAAAGUCUUAUUCAUUUCAGCUCAUGAUGCAUUGACUGUCUUCUACCAAUUAGCAGUUACAUAUGUCCAAUUGAAUUAAGAAAAUGGAGAAUUGGCCGAAACCGGUUUGGCUCAGUGGAUAGAGCGUCGGCUUGCGGACUGAAAGGUCCCAGGUUCGAUUCCAGUCAAGGGCAUGUACCUGG